AUGGAUUCCUUAUUACAAGAUACUUCCUUGUUCAUCAAUGAGGAGGAUAGUUUAUCAAAUGUACCAGAUUCAGAUAAUAAUAUCCGAUCAUCUUUGGUUUUCCAGCAACCACCAACUACCAAUGAUGUAGCUGCUUCCAAAAAACAUUUAAAGGUUAAAUUGGACCCUACUACUACUACCACCUCUACCUCUACCACUGGUAGUACCAUGUCAACCGAGACACCUCAAUUGACACCACAAUUGACACCAUUAAUGUCCUCAUCCUCAACCUUUUCCACAGACCCUAAUAGUAAUAAUAGUAUUUGUAACAACAACAACAAUAGUUCUGCAGAAAAUGAAGUAUUUGUAGGAGGUAUUGCAAGAAAUACCACCGAAGAAGAACUACAAGACUUAUUUUCAACCAUUGGCAAUGUAAAACAAGUUAGAAUCAUGAAGGAUAGAUCAAAUGGAGAGAACAAAGGAUAUGGUUUUGUUUCAUUUGCCAACAAGUCAAAUUGUAAAGAGGCAGUCGUUCAAUUCAACAACAAAGAAUUUAAAGGAAAGAACCUGCGAGUCAAGUUUUCUGAAAACAAACGAAAGAUAUUCAUUGGAAACCUUCCCAAAGAAUUGAAAAAGGAUCAAUUACUUUUAAUCUUGGCUGAUCAUAGUGAUGGUAUUACAAAUGUUGACUUUUUAACUGAUCCAGACAAUUCAAGUAGAAAUAGAGGAUUUGCAUUUAUAGAAUAUACUGAUUAUUAUCAAGCUGAAAAAGCAAGAAAAGAAUUUAGUCAACCAAACUUUAAGAUUGGAAAUUGUAAUGUGACGGUCAAUUGGGCAGACCCUAUCCAAGAACCAGAUGAAACCAUCAUGAAUCAAGUGCGAGUAUUGUAUAUUCGUAACUUGCCAGAUUCAAAGUCAGAGGAACAGGUUAGAAAGUUGUUUGAAGAAUAUGGUGUCAUUGAAAAGGUUAUCAUCCCCAACAACCUUCCCGGUCAACAACGUCGUGAUUUUGGGUUUGUUCAUUUUGCCAACCGUGAUGAAGCCGAAGCUACACUUGCUCGUCACCACGAUACUCCAAUCACCUAUCAAGGACGUCCACUCUCACUUUCCUUUGCCAAACCAAUCGACAAGAAACAACGUGCCGAAUUGCGUGUGAGAAGACUCCAAAGAACCGUUUCACGUCAUCAUACAACUGGUCAACAAGCACAUCAUCUCAUGUCUCUUCCACAUCUUGUUCCAACUCUUCCACAAGGUAUGAAUAUUUCCAUUCCAUCCAAUGCAUUUUCAUUCCUUCAAUUGCCAACCAAUUCAACUUCCAACCCAAAUAGCACGACCAACCCAGCAUCCAACAAGUCUGCAGCUGCCUCUUAUUACAGUGCUCUUGCAAACAUGGGUGGAUUAUAUAUCGAUCCAUACACUGGUCAACCAACUCAUUUGACCAAUCCUCAUCAUCAUAAUCACCAUGGUGGUCAAUCAAGUAACUUGGGUUAUCUGGCUAGAUAUAAACCAUAUUAA